AUGCCAUCUCGACACCGACGUCAUAGUGGGCCUCCGUCUCCGCUCUACGUCCACAGGGCCCACCCGAGUGAAGCGUAUUCUGGCCAUCAUGAUGAAUAUGUCCAUCCGCCUGGCUUGCCACCUGCCCAUCCCUACGGACAAGUGGAUGGCUACCGGCGGGAGAGCCCGCCCUUGGAACACCCCGACCGUCCCCUGGACGAGCCGGAUCGGGGACGCCAGCGGUACCGGGACGCCAGAGACAUUGCCCCCUACGACUACGACUACGACUACGACUACGACUACGAUCGCGACCGCGACCGCGACCACGACCACGAGCCUCUGCCGCCUCGUGGCCGGUCAUACGCGCGCUUCCCCUCCUCCCCUCCGCAAAGCCGCUCGAGGGCAAGCGAGAGCUGGCGAGACGCACGUAGCCGCGGUCCGCCCAGCUGCCCCCCCAGACGAGCACCAUCCCGCCGCGGCGGCUCCUCGCGAACCAAGUCCAUGUCGGCGGGCGCCCAGCGGGACCCGGACUCUCCUCCAUGGUGGCAGAACCCGCUCGUGCAGACGUGCGCCGUCACGGCCCUGUCCACGGGGCUGUCUGCCGCGCUGGACAGCCGCGGCGACCCGGGGCAAUGGAAGGGCGCCAAGGGCGCCAAGGUGGCUGUUGCCACGCUGGGAGCGGCGCUUGUCGACGGCUUCCUGGGGACAAGACACCCUGACGGCUUGAGGCACAAGGUGAUGAAGAGGGGCGUCGAGGUGGCCAUGGAAAAGGCCGAGGAGAAGAAGCACCAGUCUCCGGAGGGAUGUCAAGAGCGGACCAGCCGUCACGGUCACGGUCAUGGCCACAGGAGGAGGCAUAGUACUGGUCGGAGCCACGGACGUGGACGUUGA